AUGACUAGAUACGACACGGCCCUUUUCAACUACGUCCCGGUGGCGAUGCUAAGCGAGGAGGGAAUUCUAUUUUCUGGCGCCAUCCAGGUCCGGCCGUCCUCCAACCCCGCCGCGGUCGGGGACACCCUGACGCUGUCCCUUUCACCGGCUGCCGAUCUGAGGGGGGGAAGCUGGGCGGUGGGCGACUCCCUUAUCAUCACCUGGCUUGGGGACCAGCAAGCGGUUUUCCCCAACCACAGCGGCAGGGCGUCGGUGAACGUCCGCACGGCCGCCCUCACCCUCAUCUCGCUCACCCUGGAGGACUCGGGAGUGUACGUGGUGCAGAGCAGCGAUCCCCUGCUUAUGGCCAAUGCCUCUGUCACUCUUCUGGAGCCCGUUUCAAAUGUGACGCUAGGGGCGAAUCAAAGUCACCUGAUGGAGUCUGCCCCGGCGGUGGUCACGUGCUCCGUCUCCUCGGGAUCCUCGCCCUCUUUCCUGUGGUUCAAUGGCAGCUCGGAGGUGAUGGCCGACGAAAGGGUCGUGUUCUCCGACGGAAAUUCAACUCUGUCCGUACAUAACAUGAGCCGCUACGACCGCGGCCCAUUCAGGUGCUUUGCAUUCAACCCCGUCAGCAACGCCACCAGCGACCCAUUGACCUUCACCGUCAACUACGGCCCGGACAACAUGGCUCUCACGGUCAAUGGGCAGCACGCCACUUCUUUUCUGAGCGGAACCAACCUGACCGCGCUGUGCUCAGCCCAGUCCGGUCCUCCGGCCCUGCUUCGCUGGGCUUUCAAGGGCCGGUUUCUAAACGUCACAGGCCCGUCAUUAGAACUGGUCGACUUCAACCAGGACCACAGUGGACCUUAUUCUUGUCUGGCCUUCAACAAGGAAACCAACAGGAGGAGCAACAUCACCAAAGACAUCCUCAUAAAUAAGUCCCAUACGCCAUCAUUGCAACAGCACGGAUUUCACGUGGGGAUCCUUUCCAUGAUGCCGUGGCAUGGAUUGCUCCUGUCCAUACUCUGUAAGAGAUCUUGA